AUGGAUUCACAGAAGGAUGUUCAGCCUCCCAAGCAGCAGCCAAUGAUUUACAUUUGUGGAGAAUGUCAUACAGAAAAUGAAAUAAAGGCAAGAGAUCCUAUCAGAUGCAGAGAAUGUGGUUACAGAAUAAUGUACAAGAAAAGGACAAAAAGAUUGGUAGUUUUUGAUGCCCGAUGA